UAAACCAUAGUGUGUUUGUGUUAUUUUGAAGCGGGAAACCUUAAUUAAUGUAUUUUCCAAUGUCAAACGCGUGUACGAUGAUAAUUUAGCAAAGUUUGUACAAUUCUACGUUAUAUAAUAGAUUCAAGCUAACUCAGUCUGUGCUUAAAUCAAUGCUGAAAGACUGCUGGCGUUUCGAAUCAUAUGCGAUUCUUAUUCAAGACUAUUCAAUCAUUAAUGAUUCUGUCAGAAAUAAUAAAUCGUUAAUCCAAGCCACUCAAAUAAGAUUUCAGUCAAAAAACCGGUGAAAAUAGUCCAAUUAAAUUAUUAAAAAUGAUCGAUUUAAACACACACUAACGUUGGCUUGCGUUUAUUAAUUCCACUUUAUAUUCAAGCUAUCGCAAAUAGAUAGCAAAAGAGAGUGAAGAAAAAUAUGCUGGAUUUAAAGUGGCACACUUCAAUCUCUGUUUGUCAGUUUAAUAGACGACGUUGAAACAGUCACUGAUAAUUAAUCACUGACAGCAGCAAAAUAAAGAAUGGUUCUACCAAAAACUGAUUCGGUAUUGGCCGAAGAGCGAAACAACAAAGGCAUAUUAACACUAAAUCGACCAAAAGUAUUGAAUGCAGCGAACUAUGAAAUGGCUGAAAAGGUGUUUGUUGCAUUAAACAAGUGGCGAGAUACAAAAUCAAUGGUAAUAAUCAAAGGCAGCGGAGAUAGGGCAUUUUGUGCGGGUAGCGACCUCAAACAAUUGAUUGAACCGAGUGAAUUUGAAACAAAUGUGAAAUUUUUUAAAGUUGAAUAUACGGUGAAUUUUAUGAUAGCAAAUUUAAAAAUUCCUUAUAUAUCACUGAUUGAUGGCAUUAUUAUGGGCGGCGGAGUUGGUUAUUCAAUACAUGGAAAGUAUCGUAUUGCGACCGAACGUACGGUUUUUGCAAUGCCAGAGACAAAAAUCGGUGCCAUGCCGGACAUUGGCAGUUCAUACUUUUUACCACGGUUAAAAGGAAAACUUGGUUAUUAUCUCGGUCUCACCGGAUCCAGAUUAACGGGUAUUGAUGCAUUACACGGUGGCAUUGCUACACAUUAUUGCGAUAGUGCACGUCUUCCACAGCUAGAAGGAGCAUUAAUUAAUUUACAAAAUGCCAAUGACAUCGAACAAGUUCUUGACGAAUAUUGUCCAAAAAUAAAAUCAGAAUUUAGUUUAGCCAAACAUCUUUCACAAAUUAAUAAAUGCUUCAAUGCAUCUACAAUCGAAGAAAUUUUAACAAAUUUAGAAGAAGACGACACCGAAUGGUCGAAACAAACGAUUAAAGUGCUUCGAACAGUGUCGCCGGUGUCCUUGAAACUCACACUACACCAGCUUCAAUUGGGCGCUUCAUAUUCAUUAGGAGAAUGUUUGCAAAUGGAAUAUCAGCUAGUUCGACGAAUUUUAAAGCAUGAUGAUUUUCAUGAAGGUAUUAAAGCGUUGCUAGUUCGUAAGGAUAAUAAGCCAAAGUGGAAUCCAGCACGAAUCGAAGACGUCAUUCUUGAAAAACACGUUCUGCCAUUUUUCAAACACUUUCCGGACAACGAUAUUGAUGAAUUGCCAAUAAGCGUCAAAUUAAUUUCGAAAUUUUAAACCUAAAUAUAUAGAUCACAUUUAAUGACAUUCCUUUAAAUCAACAUAGAUGUAUUGCAAUGUAUCAACUACUUCAAGAAUUUUUGAUUAGAUUCGUUGGUUCAAUAAUAGAUAUUUGUAUAAAGUAUAAUUACACUGGGACUUUGACUUUUUCUUGCUAAUUAAGAAGAUAAAUGUACACUUACAAUAAAAAUAAAAACAGUGGUAAUUUAAUAAA